AUGGUGCGGCGUGCCUUGGUGCUGGUUCCUGGGGGGCAGGUUGUCAUAAUGGGCCUGGGCUGGAAGCAUGGGGGUGGCCUCGGGUCCCCAUGUAUCGGUACCUGCGUGUCUGCUUUUCCCUUGAUGCGCCGUCAGCGAGAGACUCUGGGCCGUUUCUCCGCAUGGUACUGGAUCGCAUCAAACCGCCCCUGGCUGUGUGAUCCUGGGAAAGAAGCUCAAGAGCCAAUGCACGGAAGCCCUGCCUCGUUCGAUUUCGGCCUAGGACGAGGGAGACAACAGCCCGACGAUGACAUGCUCUGCUCCACUUGGGGGGAGGACCAAGAUUGCGCUAUCCGUACCAGCCUAUGUGAUUAUGUACCCACGUCCAUCAAGGCCCGUCCAUCAUAG